GCCGGGGGCGGCGGAGCCGCUCGCAGGGUGAGCGCGCCCUCCCCGACAGGCGCCGCGGGGAAGGGGGGGAAAAAAAAGGGAGGAGAAACAGCAGCAGCAGCAGCAGGAGGAGGAGGAGGGAUCCUGGCAAGUUCGGUGUGGUACCAAGUACAGGCGGGCUGCAGGGCUCGGACGGGCGAUGGAUAAGGAUGAGAUCCACCUGCGCAGGCUGCCGGCCGCCGCGCCUUGGGGACCGCACGGAGACAGUGAGUUUCAUGGGGUGGAUUUUCUGCCAGAAGAUCUCAGCGAGGUUCCAGAGGAGACAGGAAUGAGGGUGAACAAGAAAUACUCCUGCCUACCUGCUGAGGAGAAGGGGAUCCACAUCAUCAACAUCCGAGCUAUUGAGGACAUUGGAUAUGACCAGCACGAGAGCACACUCUUAAAUUCCCUGUCCAAAAAUCCGGAUGCUGACUGCAAAUACGGACUCUACUUCAGAGAUGGCAAGAGGAAAGUAGACUACAUCCUUGUUUAUCACUACAAAAAGUCCUCAGCAGGGAAGACACUCGCCCGGAGAGCUCAGCAGAAUGACUCAAGUGUCCGAAGCACCAAGCAGGACCAGCCACUUCCCGGGAAGGGAGUGCAGCUGGAAAUGGGGGAAAGUGAACCUCACAUGGAUUACCAUGAGGACGACAAGAGGUUUCGCAGGGAGGAGUACGAAGGGAACCUCGUGGAGGCUGGUCUGGAACUGGAACGUGAUGAGGAUACUAAAAUCCAUGGGAUUGGAUUUGUAAAAAUACACGCACCGUGGAAUGUAUUGUGUCGGGAGGCAGAAUUUCUUAAGCUCAAGAUGCCCACAAAGAAGAUGUAUCAGAUCAACCAGACCCACGGUCUUCUGAAAAAGAUUAAUUCUGUCAUUCAAAAAAUAACAGAGCCCAUCCAGCCCAAAGUGGCAGAACACAAACCUCAGACGGUGAAGCGCCUCUCCUACCCCUUCUCCAGGGAGAAGCAGCACUUAUUUGAUUUGUCUGACAAGGAUUCCUUCUUUGACAGCAAAACAAGAAGCACUAUAAGAGUGGGGAAGAAGCCACUGAGGGGGGAAUCGAAUGGACAUCCAGGGCAGCUGGAAGGGACUGUGCCAAGCAGCACUUGCUGCAACACUUUUCAAAGGAAAGGAGAGGGAAGAAAGAAGGAAACUACCCUUUUAAAUAAAAGACGAAAAUGUGGUAAAUAUGGGAUCACCAGUCUGCUUGCCAAUGGAGUUUACAGUGCUGCAUAUCCUCUGCAUGAUGGUGACUAUGAAGGUGAAAACGUGGAACCCAAUGACAGAAAACUCCUGUGUGAGGAGUGGGCGAGCUACGGGGUGUUUUAUAAAUACCAGCCAAUCGACCUGGUGAGAAAAUACUUUGGAGAGAAGAUUGGGCUAUAUUUUGCCUGGCUGGGAGUUUAUACACAAAUGCUCAUUCCAGCUUCCAUUGUCGGGAUUAUCGUUUUCCUCUAUGGCUGUGCCACUGUGGAUGAGAACAUACCCAGUAUGGAAAUGUGUGACCAGAGGAACAACAUCACCAUGUGCCCCCUGUGUGACAGAACGUGCAGCUACUGGAAGAUGAGCUCUGCUUGUGCGACUGCCCGUGCGAGUCAUCUGUUUGAUAACCCUGCAACUGUCUUCUUCUCAGUCUUCAUGGCUCUCUGGGCUGCCACCUUUAUGGAACACUGGAAGAGAAAACAGAUGCGUCUCAACUACAGGUGGGACCUGACUGGGUUUGAAGAGGAGGAGGAGGCAGUCAAGGAUCAUCCAAGAGCAGAGUACGAAGCUAAAGUUUUGGAAAAGUCCCUGAGAAAAGAACACAAACAUAAAGAGAAGCACCGAUAUUUUCCAGAAGAGACAGCAAACAAAUGGAGACAAAGAGUUAAGACAGUCAUGGCUGGGGUGAAAUUGACAGAUAAAGAAAAGCUGACGUGGAAGGACCGCUUCCCAGCCUAUCUAACCAAUUUUGUUGGCAUCAUCUUCAUGGUCGGGCUGACGUUCGCCAUCGUGUUCGGAGUCAUCAUCUACCGGAUCUCCACGGCCGCCGCCUUGGCCAUCAGCUCCACGCCCUCGGGGCGCUCCAGCGUCCGCGUCACCGUCACCGCCACCGCCGUCAUCAUCAACCUGGUCGUCAUCAUCAUCCUGGACGAGGUCUACGGCUGCAUCGCCCGGUGGCUCACGCAGAUCGAGGUGCCAAAAACUGACAAGAACUUCGAGGAGAGGCUGAUUUUCAAGGCUUUCCUGCUGAAAUUCGUCAACGCCUACACCCCGAUUUUCUACGUCGCCUUCUUCAAAGGCCGAUUUGUUGGACGUCCAGGUGACUACGUCUACAUUUUCCAUUCUUUCCGGAUGGAAGAGUGUGCUCCGGGCGGUUGCCUGAUGGAGUUGUGCAUCCAGCUCAGUAUUAUCAUGCUGGGCAAGCAGCUGAUUCAGAACAAUUUGUUUGAGAUUGGCAUCCCAAAAAUGAAGAAAUUUAUCCGAUACUUGAAAUUAAAGCGUCGGCGCUCUCUGGACCAUGAAGAGCACAUGAAAAAAAAGCAGCGUUAUGAAGUGGACUAUAACCUGGAGCCUUUUGCUGGGCUCACCCCUGAAUACAUGGAAAUGAUUAUCCAGUUUGGGUUUGUGACUUUGUUCGUUGCGUCCUUCCCUCUGGCACCUUUGUUUGCUUUAUUGAACAACAUCAUUGAAAUCCGUCUGGAUGCCAAAAAGUUUGUUACUGAGCUGAGGAGACCGGUAGCAGUGAGAGCAAAGGAUAUAGGAAUCUGGUAUAACAUCCUCAGAGGGAUUGGAAAGCUUGCUGUCAUCAUAAACGCAUUUGUGAUCUCAUUCACAUCCGACUUCAUUCCACGCCUCGUGUACCUGUACAUGUACAGUGAGAAUGGCACCAUGCAUGGCUUCGUCAACCAUACACUAUCCUCUUUUAAUGUCAGCGAUUUCCAAGCAGGAACAGCUCCAAACGACCCCCUGGAUCUUGGCUACGAGGUCCAGAUAUGCAGAUACAAAGAUUAUCGAGAACCCCCCUGGUCUGAAAACAAAUAUGACAUUUCAAAGGAUUUCUGGGCUGUCCUAGCAGCAAGAUUAGCCUUUGUGAUAGUUUUCCAGAACUUGGUCAUGUUUAUGAGUGACUUUGUGGACUGGAUUAUCCCAGACAUUCCCAAGGACAUUAGUCAGCAGAUUCACAAAGAGAAGGUUCUCAUGGUGGAGGUCUUCAUGAGGGAGGAGCAAGGGAAGCUGCACAUGCUCGAAACCUGGAAAGACAAGGACAAGAGAAAAGGUGAAAACUGUAACAAUCACAGCCCCAGACUCUCCAGGAGCCACAGUGGGAGCUUGUCCUCCUGCCAUUCCUAUCCUCUGGAUGUGUAGAGGAGGAGGGAGCUGAGGAUGUCGGGGCAUUCCACAAAGACACAAAGGGCAGGACUCGAGUAAUGGACAACCUGGUGCAUGUUGAAGGAUGUGCUGCCAUUUCGCUCCCAUCUUUGUGAGAAAUGCCCUUCCUGCAGACAUGGAGGACCACAUUCUAUUUCUGGUAACGUUCUUUUUCUUUUGCACAAGCAGUAAAUGCAGGGAAUUUUUAUAUUUCAUCAUUAGAUAACACUCUUGACGUUGGCGUGCAUUAAUAAAUGCAGGUACUUAGUACAUCUUGCUAGAGAUAUUCUCUGAGAAUUUGACCUUAGCCUAUUAAUUAAUGGAUGAAGUAAAAGGUAAAUUUUAAAUAAUAAUAAUAACAAAAUAUUUUUGGAAACCCAGGUUUGAAGGUCCAUGGGGUAACUUGAUAAAUUAUAUGCAAAAUCAGCUCUAGAGUGGAGAGAACCCACGUAAAGCCUCCCAGACUGACUCGCUUUCCAAGACUGGGUUUAGCUCUGUGCCUGAAACAAGCAGAGCUUCAGUGUCACACCAGGUGUUUAAGGGCACUUUGUGGCAACUUGCUGUGCAUCCAAGACCUUCAGAGCCAUCAGGAAAGGGAAUCUGGAAAGUUGUUUUUUUUUUUUACCACUGAGCGACUGAUGCGGACGGAGCUACCCCGGUGCCCCAGGCUGCAGUUCCCAGCAGCUCCCUCCCCUCGUGGCCAGGCAGCAGCAGCAGCACAAUUUUGGGAACCUCCCAGCAGGGAGACGAUCACAGAGCAUUUUGGGAAAUGCCCUGAACUAACGAGCACACGUGGAGCUCCAGUGACUCACACUGCCCUGCCCAGUACUCGGACACUGUUGUCGCUGAGGAAAAUCCCCUUUUCCCUGUUGUUUUAGCACAUCCCCUUUCCCAGCCAGGUUUUCCCCUGUAGCCCUGUGUCCUCUGCAGGAGAAGGGAGUCUCUGCAGCCCAGCUUCUCCCACAGAUUUUUCUGCUGUUGAAUGGCAUUUCCCAGAGGCUGUGCCAGAGGAGUUAAACCCAAAACGUGUCCCACUCACUGUCUUCAGUGGAAGUUUUGCCUGCACUGGGGCUACAGGACCAGACCUUCAGUUAGUUACAGGACUCUUCUUUUGUCUUAAAAUACUCUAUCUUUUGUACAAGGAGCUUCCCUAAAGUAUAAGUGUAAAAUCCUUACCUACCAUGCCUAGUUAAACCCCAUCAGUACAACUCUUUUUAAGCAUAAUACAUUUUAGUUUUGCUUUGUCAACCGAUAAAACUGCACUUCCAAAUAAUAUUGGUGCAAUUAACCUAAUUUCUUUUAUUGCUUUGUCUUGUCCUUGGCACUUGCAUUGCAAAUAUAAAACUGAAAAAAGAAAAUAAAAAGGAAAGAUUUCUUUAGAGUCUAACUACUGUAUGGUUUGUUAAAAAACCAAAAGUCAAAAGGCUGUUUUCAAGAGAAGAUGGUUAUUUCUUUUUUCCUUUUCCUUUUUUUUUUUUUGCCAAACUAAUUUAAAGAUUAAUGCUAGAACUUUAAAAAAAAAAUUGCCAUAUUUAGCUUUUGAUAUAUUUAUUUGUUUUAAAGUAUGUGAUAAACUUGAUAUUUUUCUGUAGUCUGUCCAAAGAAGGUACCAGAAGAGAAAUUAUGUGGAAGAAAGAAAAUGGUAUUAACCAAAUAUUCUUGAAGCUUAUUUAAAAUAUUGAUCCAACCAAAGAUUUUUAUUAAUAAAGGGCUUAUAUUUUGUUAACUCUUGUUUCUGUUGUAUUUUGACUUGCAGGAAUGUCACUAUUUUUAAAAUUUGUAACUUAUGAUAGUGUGUUACUGGAGGGCCAAAUCCUGCCUGAUUUAUUCCCACGUAAGUGUUAUUCCUGGUAGUUAGUGUUUUACCAGAUCAGGCCCACUGACUGCAAAAGGACUGUGAGUGGGAAUAAUUCCAGCAGAAUUCUGUCCACACAUCUUGUUGGAAACAUGUUCUUCCUCUCAUUCCUUGGUAGCCCAAAAGAUCCAGAAGAAAGACAAACCUGAACUACCUGUUCUGAAGAGAAAUCUUAGGGAACGUCCUUGAAGGGGGAUUUAAUCUGUAAAUACUCACCUGAAAGUAUUCCCAACUUAAUACUGACAUUCCUGUAAA